CCAGCUAACGUUACUCGUAGUUCUACCUAUCUUAGACACGCAUCGUGGUAUACACAAGUGUGUUGAACAGAGACUGUACAGGGAGAACUGCCAACCAUGACUGGGAUAUUUGUCUCAGUUUUGGUUUCUGUGUUAUUUGCGUCUUCGGUGGGUGCAAUACCGAACGAGGACCUUGAAAGGUAUUUUAAAGACAUGAGGAAAGAUGUCAUGCACAAGUUGGAUGGAUUGGAGAAAUCAAACAAAAACCUUCUCAACAAACUGCAGGAAGUUGAAGACGCCGUUUCCCAUGAAGCUGAGAAACAAAGCAAGCAAGAGAUAUCCUUCCCGUCUAACCAAGCUUCUCUCAACAAAGGGAAACCUGGAAAAACCAAGAGAGGCGGAGAGUCCGAAACUCCUCAUCACGAAAACGCAACAUCCCCCCAAUCAUUACGAACACGGAAAAACCAAUUCGUCAAGUCCCCAACGUCAGGUAGAAACAGCAGAGUGUUGUUCAGAAAGAUGACCUCUCGAAAAGGCAACGGUGGCAGAGAGUCCGAAACUCCUCAUCACGAAAACGAAUCAUCCCGCCAACAAUUACAGAAAUGGAAAAACCAAUUCUUCAAGUCCCAAACGUCAGGUAGAAACAGCAAAGUGUUGUUCAGAAAGAUGACCUCUCGAAAAGACAACGGUGGCGGAGAGUCCGAAACUCCUCAUCACGAAAACGCAUCAUCCCGCCAACCAUUACAGAAAAGAAAAAACCAAUUCGCCAAGUCCCCAACGUCAGGUGAAGUGGGCAGAGGGUUGUUCAGAAUGGUGACCUCUGGAAAAGGCAACGACCAAUUCGCCAAGUCCCCAACGUCAGGUGAAGUGGGCAGAGGGUUGUUCAGAAUGGUGACCUCUGGAAAAGGCAACGACCAAUUCGCCAAGUCCCCAACGUCAGGUGAAGUGGGCAGAGGGUUGUUCAGAAUGGUGACCUCUGGAAAAGGCAACGACCAAUUCGCCAAGUCCCCAACGUCAGGUGAAGUGGGCAGAGGGUUGUUCAGAAUGGUGACCUCUGGAAAAGGCAACGACCAAUUCGCCAAGUCCCCAACGUCAGGUGAAGUGGGCAGAGGGUUGUUCAGAAUGGUGACCUCUGGAAAAGGCAACGGUAACCAUGGAAUGUCAGCAAGUUCUCUGGCUGGUGGUCCUGUUCGUCGUUCCAAGGGUCCGCCGUGAGAUGAGUGAGAGCCAGGACAACACCUAAAGAAUUAGAACCUACAUUCCUCAUAGGCUGAAAGGGAAGAUGUUGUUAUUCAAAUGGAAUAACUCCUAAAGCUUGGUCUGAUUCGUCUCUCAAUCCAAGGAUUUUAGUUGGUAACUGCGAUAGGAAUACCUUGUUUCAGUUGAAGAUAUUAAAUAACUUGCAAUCUCA